CACUCUGAAAGGAUGUUAGGAGUUUUGCUGCUUGCUUUCUCCUUGGUUACCAUUAUUCAUUCUGAGCUCUGCAGGCCAGAUGCACAGAAUGCUUUCAAAGUACGGCUUAGUAUCAAAACAGCUUUGGGAGAUAAUGCAUAUGCCUGGGAUGCAAGUGAAGAAUAUCUGUUUAAGGCAAUGGUGGCUUUUGCAAUGAGAAGAUAUUCCAACAAAGCAACAACUCAAAUUUCCAAUGUGCUGCUUUGUAAUAUGACAGAGAGGGUGUCAUUUUGGUUUGUGGUCACAGACUCUGCCAGAAAUGUGACAACUGUUCCUGGAAGUGAAGUAGAGGCAGCCAUAAGGAUGAACAGAAACAGAAUCAACAGUGCUUUCCUACUGACAGACAACACGCUGCAGUUCUUGAAAAUUUCCUCCACUUUAUCACCACCCAUUGAACCCACUGUGCCUGUCUGGCUUGUCGUGUUCGGUGUUGUUCUUUGCCUCGUUGUGGCUGGAAUUCUUCUCCUUGUUGUGUCAGGAAUCCGGCAAUACAAAAAAAAAAACCAUGAGUCUGCAGAGACAGGAGAUUUAGAAGACAACUCUAACACACCAGUGACCACAGAAAAUGGGAUUCCCUGCGAUAUACUGGAUUUAAAAGCAGGCCAGAUUAAUGGAGUCUAUGCAGCAGAUGAUGAACGGCUCACACCGCUGUGAAAUGUCACAGUUUCUUUCUGGCUUCUUUGAAAGAGACUGCGCUAACUUUUAUCUAGUCAUGACUGAUGAAUGUCAAAAAUUAAGGCAAGAAAAAUAUGACUUGUCAGUUAUUUUCCCUUGAGAGAAACUUUCCUUGAUAAAAAACAAACACACAAACCUGUAUUACAAAGCUAAAGCAAAUGUGAGGUCUUCCACUCAAUUGUUCAUUAACCAUUUUCAAGAAGUGUGUGGUGGAAUGAGGUUGAAGGCUGUCUUACAUCAGAUGUUUAGUUAUUAAGGAUUAUUUAAAGACAUCAUUAUGACUAGUUCAUUGUUCUUCUUAAAGUGAUGGCCCUAUUGGUGCUCCGUUGUAGAUGCGGCAGUGUCUCCUGCACCUGGUAUUGGAGAGCUUCACCAGAAGUGCCCAUAGGACUGCACAUGUGCAUCUUGUCUCUCUCAUACUGUGCACAGGACAGAUAUAUAUAUAUAUAUAUCUCACUGUUUGGUCAGACAGACAGCCCCAGUUCCUCCUCUACUACCUUUGUACUGGGACAGAAGCCGCUAGCAGAGCCCGCUGCUCCUCAUAGAUAGUUCCUUACCUGAUAGAGUAGUUAGUAUUUUCCUCCUCUUCUUUCAACUUCUAUCUAUAAAUUUUUUUUUAUUUUAACUUUAUCUUUACAAUUAUUCUCAUAGCUUGGGUUUCGAUUUUUCCCACUUCCCGCCUUCCAAACUGGGAAGCCCCUUUUUCCUCCACUCUUAUGCCCAGCUCUCCUAAGUAUAAGAGGUGCAUUCGUUUGGGGCCGCCUUCUCGAUAAUGGACAUCCACCCAUGGUAUAUCCACUGUCUGGGGGAGGGACAUGUCCCUCAAAUGUUCUCACUGCCUUGGCCUGAAACCCAGUGCUAGAAAGAAUAAGGAUAUUAGAUUGAACUUCUCCUCAUGGAGAAAUCACUACAUCCAGGAUUGGACCCAGGCCUGGACUCUUCCCCAGAGAAACUUUAAUACUCUCCCAGAUUGUCUGCCGAACCCCACUCUCCAUGCCCUGUAAAGAGAAAGUCAUCCAUGAUCAAGCAGAUGACAAGAAACAGGCUUCCUUCUCCUCACACUCUGAGGCUCAGCCCUCCAGAACACCAUCCCUGGCGAGGUCAGUGGCUUCAGCCUCAUCCCACAGGAGACAUAGCUCCAGGGCUCAUCCAAAUACCUCUGGUACUGGCUCAAAGAAAUGGUCUAAUGAUCUUGACAUGCACCUUCAGUCCUUGGCACCAUUUCCCAGCUCUGGGGACCACGACAGCUCACUUGCAGGAGCUCUGGCACCAAUGCCAUUUCUGGCACCGACGAAGCUGUUGGCACUAAGUCCUUGGCACCAUCAAAAUAGUUGGCACCAGCCACGUCACCAGCACCGACUGAAUCAUUAACACCAAAUCUUCAGCACCAGGCAAGUCUUCGGUACUGGCCAAGUCACUGGCACCGGCCAAAUUUCUGGUGCCAUCAUCUGAAACUUCAGGGACAUACACUCUCUCUCCAUCACCACGCACUACCACUGCACUGAUGGUGCGCCUUCCCCUUCCACAAGACUUCAGAUACCCUAAUGACCUCUUGUAUCUGACAGUCUUGAGUCUCUGCUUCUUUGACAGAACUUCCCCCCAUUUCUACACUCCUCUCUGGACUCACGACAUUCCUCCCUCUCUCUGCCAAGGACAGCACCUCCCUUCCCCAGUGAGGAGGAGGAAGAGGAGAAGGAGGACAAGGGCUCCAUUGUUCCCUCAACUACUGGAAAAAUUGCACUGGCUUAUCCCCGCUAUAUGUGACUACCUCUUGCCCCCAAUCCUGGCAGGGCCACCGUGAAGGCAGCCACAUGUGGCAUUCCCACCAAACUGACCAUAUUGGAACCCUUGGGCCAGGUACAGGGCACAAUUUGGGAACCGUCCCAGAGAGCAAAGCCAGAGACAUACAACUCUCCCUUCUCCACUGGUCUCUCACCCUCAGGAAAUCAAACCACCACUGAUACCAACUCAGUAGGAAGAGGAGGCUCCCCCAACUUUACAUUUUUCCUUGCCCUUAACUGAUGAGGCAAUUAUUCCUCCAUCCCCUAUAUCUGCCGAUAACUUCAGGCACUUUCAAGAUCUAUUCCAUUGCAGACUCCCUAUAUAUCCCUUUGGAAGAUGUCAAAGACCAGCAGUAUAAACUGCUGGACAUCCUCCACGCAUCCUCUUCCUCAAAGAUCACACUACCAAUCAAUGAGGCUUGUCUGGAAUCUGCAAAGGUUCUGUGGCAGACCCCAGCUUCCAUUCUCCAACCUACAAACACGCCAACAGAAAAUAUGUUCCAGUGAAGAAUAUUGAAUUUUUAUUUUCGCACCCCACCCCAAAUUUUUCAUUGGUCAGUGCAGUGCAGGAAAGAAGCCAUCAGUUGCAAUCUCGCUCUAGUCAUCCAGACAGAGAUUGGAAAUGCCUGGACCUAUUUGGAUGCAAGACCCUUCAGCCACACUCCAGUUUAGGAUUUCAAAUUAUGAAGCUCUCAUGGCAAUGUAUAAUUAUCUGAAUUAUUCCAAAUGGGAGGAACUUUUCUAUGAUCUACCAGAGACCAAAAAGUAGCAGUUCCAGUCCUUGAUAUCAGAGGGACACCUCCUAGCCUGUAGAGCCCUACAAGCCUCAUUAGACUCUGCAGACACUGCUGCUCGAUCCAUUGCACCACUAUGGUCAUGAGGCAUGCAUCAUGGCUCCACCUCUAGGGCUUUCCUAAGGCAGUACACAGUAAAGGACUUACCAUUCAAAGGCUGGAACUGUUCUCUGAGCAUACAGAUGACUCUUUGUACUCCCUUAAAGACACCUGAGCUAUGUUUUGUUCUCUCAGGAUAUGCACACCAGCACCAAAGAGACACUCGUGGAAGUACCAACUCCCACCGCAAUCCAAACUCAGCAGUAUACCUCUCAGUGGCACUACAAUACCCAAUGCCAUUGACAAAGGUCUCCGUCUAAACGUAGACAGCCCACUUCUCAAGGGGCUACCUCUCAUGUACUGGCACCAAAGCAAAAAUUUUGAAGGUGUGAUUGAGGCCCCAAGAAGCUUUCCCUUGUUCCAGUCAUCCCCACCGUCUCUGAUGUUCCACUACUUUGGUGACCGACUAGCUCAGUUUUUCCCAUCUUGGAGUCUUAUCACCUCAGGUAAGUGGGUUCUAGAGAUAGUCAAGGAAGGAUACUCCUUUCCCUUCUUAUUCCCCCCUGCCCCCUUCCCUCUUCAGGGACCCUUCUCAUAAGCCCUUUCUAUGGAAAUAAAUAAAUCACUUUCUACAACUGGGAGCCAUAGAACAGGUCCCUCCACAACACACGAGAAAGGGUUUCUACUCCCACUCUUUUCUGAUUCAGAAGAAGCUCAGUGGCUGUCAUCAUAUCCUAGACCUUCGCAAUCUAAACAGAUUCGUCAUGCUGCAGUGUUUCAAGAUGAUUACCCUCUCCACUAUUAUCCCAGCAUAAAACUGCCCUCACCCUCCAAGGUGCAUACUUUCAUAUUUCUAUACAUCCUGCCCACAGCUGAUUCAUCUGGUUUUACAUGAGCACUGACCACUGUCACUACAAAGUACUGUCCUUCAGACUAUCCACAGCACUUCAGGUAUUCUCCAAGGUCCUCAUGGUAGUUGAAACCUACUAAGGAAAAGAGGAAUUAUCAUUUUCCAUACUUGGAUGACUGUCUCCUUGAGGCCCCAUCCAAAAUCUAUGCUCUCUGAGCCACCCACUUAACAACAGACCUGUUCAUGAAGCUAGGUCUCCUCGUGAACCUAGAAGAGUCCACCCUAAUGCAAGUACAACAGCUUGAAUUCACUUAUGUGCAGUUAUUGGUCCUACAAGCCAGAGCCUUCCUACCAUCUCUCAGAUUCUCAGCUAUAAUGGAUCUGGUAUCUGCUGCAUGUAUCUGCCCCCAGAUCUCUGCACAGAUAUGCAUCUGGCUUCUAGGCCACAUGGCAGCAGCCAGGUUUGAGGUCAGGCAUGCAAGACUGCACAUGCUAUGUCUUCAAGCAUGCCUCCGUACUGUAUACCUCCCCCACAAGCACAGCAUUCACAAACUUAUCUGUGAUGAGGCAAGUCAACGAUUAACUGCUGUGGUGGACACAGCCCAGCAGCAUCUGUGCUGGAGUUCCUUUCCUCCAACCAUCACCAACUAUGGGCCUACUAAUCAAGGACACAGGAUCCAAAGGCUAGAAGUGAAAGUCAGCAAAGUUUGAGCUGGAAAAUGAGAUGCCUUGAGGAUAUUUUCUAAGGCACAAAAGGACGUUAGAUGCCCAACUCUCAUUGAAAAUCCAUGGGAAGUAGGCACUUAACUGCUCUUGGAGCCUUUGGAAAGCUUCCCCCAAAAUUUUAACAGUGAAAAUAGAACAAUUUCCAAAGGAUGUGGUAAAUUCUGCUUCACUUGGACUCUUUAAAUCUUGACUGGAUUUCUAUCUAAAAGAUAUGCUCUACUUUGACCACCAGUUAUUGGGCUUGAUACAGACAUCACUGUGAAAUUCCAUAGCCUGUGUAAUGCAGGAGAUCUGGCUGGAUGGUCAUAAUGGUCCUUGCUGAUGGCCUAUUCAUACCCAUGAAUCUCCCAUUGACAAGAAUGGGAGCUGAGGGCACCUCAGAGGAUCAAGCCCUAAAUUCUGCCCUUGGAUAGCUUUAAUGAGAGCCAUUCACACAUAAUCCAUGGUAGAAAUUAGUAUUAAGGACACUAUCCUGCUCCCGUUGAAAUCCAUAGUAAAGGUCCCAUUGACUUCAAUGGAAUAGGAUUGGGCCCUAAGCAGAGAAGAAUUACAUAUAUUGUUAAAAGAGGAUAUGAGUAUGUUGAGGUGAUGAAUUGUAUCUACAUGACUGCAUAAACAUCUGCUUACUUUCUUCUACGUCCUGUCCAUCCUCGCAACUCCUUUGGAAAUACAAUAAUACACUUGAGGAUAGAAUUUGGCCAAUGUUACUACAAUUAUCAUUUCUCAUUUCAAGAGAACAUUUAAACCAUUAGUUAAGCAUUAGUGUUUCACAGCAUGUUUUCAAACUCUUUACCUACAACAGGAGCAUGUGUAAAGUGAAAAGAGUUGGCAAAGUCUCUAGAGUCUGGCCUGGCUAUGUGGAUCCCUGCUCCCAGGAGACAAACCCCACCUUCACUGAUUGUGUGCUUUUUGGUUUCUCCCCCUCAUCUGUGAAUCUCAGGUAUGGGAUGAGCAGGGACCAGGAUAUAGAACAGUGGGAACAACAUGUGUAACAAGGAAAAUGGGGCAUUGAGACACGAGACGAGGGAAGGAAGAAAGAGGCAACUGAUAAAAAUAAAACCAUAGAGCUAAUGACAUAUGCCUAGGAUGGUCUUCAGUUUUGCUUGCAUCUCUGCCCGCUUCCCACAUCUUUUGUAUGUCCCAUCAAUUUAGACUGUAAGGGGCAGGGAUUGUGUCCUCUCUAUGUGCUGUGAGAUUCCUAGCACAAGUUUGGGCAAUGGAUUAAUAAAAUAAAAAAAUGGAAAUGAAUAAUAAUCUCCCUGUGUCUCAGAUUUUCCAUUUGUUACAUGGGGAUAAUUGUCCUCCCCUGCAUUGCAAGGAUAUUGCAAGGUUUAGUCCAUCGGUGUUAGAA